CCAGAGACGCAGGGGGCUGGAACACAGCUUUGGUCAGACUGAUUACCAGGUGAGACUGGCCAUGGAGCCUCCGGGACUUUACCUGCAUGCCGCUCUUCUGGCAACCACCAUCUUUUCCUGGAUUCCCCAAGUCAAAGCAAAGGACGAGCCCUUCUGGGCUAUCAACAGUACUGCCUGGGACGGCGUGAUUCAGAAUAAAACAAAUGGAAGCCUCCUAAACCCAGAGACUCCAGAACCAGUCACAGUCUAUCCUCCCAACGUGGUGGAGACGAGGACGCCACGGGCCCCACCUCCCUCCCCAUCCUUAGUGCCUCCAACUGGACACCAUCUUGACACACCUCCUUCUCUGGACAGCAGCACUGGAGCCCUGCCGAGCACUGACCACCCGGGCAGGGGCCAGGAUGACGUGCUGAAAAGGGACAUUUGUGAAGAGGGCAACAACAAGAUGGCCAUGCUCGUCUGCCUGGUCAUCAUCGCCGUCCUCUUCCUCAUCUGUACUCUCCUCUUUCUGUCCACUGUGAUCCUGGCAAACAGGGUGUCUUCCCUCAAGCGAUCGAAGCAAGUGUACAAGCGGCAGACGAGAAGCAACGGGGAUUUUCUGGCCACCAGCGGCCUGUGGCCUGCAGACUCUGACACGCUGAAAAGAGCAGAACAGCUCCAAGGGCCACGGCUGAUAAUGCAGGCCACGGGGACCCUCACAGCUCAGAGGGAAAGGAAGGAGGAUGGGGCAACCGAGAAACUCGCUCCCUGAGAGGGGUGAAGAGAAGGGAUCAAUAAAGUCGGGUGGCUGGUGAAGGAAGCGAUCCUGUAUUUGUGCUGCUGGCAGUAGAGAACCUGGAAACCAAAGGUCAGACAGGAAGGAUGCAAGAGAAAAGUAUGUCUGCCCAGAGGACCAGGGUUCCAAUUCUGACUCUUCUUUUACUUAGUGGUCCUGGCUGAGUCAUCUGGCCUUUAUUAAGAGCCUCUAAUUAGGGAUCCAUCGAGCAAGAAUGUUUGGACCAUAUGGCCUAUGAUCCAAUUCAGUCAAAUACUUUAAGCUUGCACUUUUAUUAGGACCCUGAAGGUUUCAUGGGAUAUUGGUGAAGAAGGACCUAAGAUAUCAAGUAGCCAAAGAUCCUGGAAGGUUUUAUAAUAAGGCAGCAAAGAAUCUGGACCCGAGAGAAAUGUAGGAAAGAGAUGGUACAAGACAAAGCAAGGGAAACAUUCACCCUCUUCAGCAAGAGCACUUGACAGAAACUCCAUCUUGACCUGGUCAGAAUAACUGAAAUUCGAUAGUUUAGUCCAUCCUCAUAACUCGUCACACGUUUCUAGUGGUUAACAGAAGCCAUCCAAGUUCUAACUCACUUAAAGGCAUCCAGGCUGACACGGUACCGUCUUCCAUUUCAACAAAGCUGGUUCUAAGCCAGUGAAAUGGGGACUUUCCAUUAUGGGCAAGAACUCAGAAAGCUUAUUAAAACUAUUUUACCUGAUAAAUCCUGGAGUAAUCCUUUCUCUUGUAUGCUGAAUAA